GAGAGCACUGUUAGUUAGUUAGCUAGCUUAGCUACUCGUUUGAAAUAUAGACAGAAGACCAAUAUGUGUGAUUAAAUGGAUCGAACAGCGACUAAUGGUGUUAACAAACUAUCCGUAUGAAAUGAAACCGGUUAAACAUAACCGUUUUCAGUGUAAAACAGGUUGUUAAGUUUGUGUAAUGCUAACUACCCGGAGCAAACAGCGACUAAUUGACUUGAGGUGUCGUUCUAAUCAGACCAAAUGGGCUGAUUAUGAAUGUUUACAGUGAAAAGCAUUUGUUAAGUUUGGCAUUUAUCACAACGUUAAAUUAAAACAAAACAAAAACACUGAAGCUGAGCAGCGUAAGAAAGCACGAAAACUUUUACAGUCCUCGUCAGUGAUAUAAUCAAGCUGCAUUCCACUUGCUGCAGCUGCAGUGCACUUUUCUGGUGGAGUGAAAUGAACACCGGAGGCGUCAAUAUUAAAUGGAAGUGUCUGAAGCCGGCCCUCUUCAUGCAGCGACUCGGCAGUGGAGCUCCAGACCUGGACCUCGGCCUUCACAGACCCUGCGGUGAUCGCCAAAUUUGAACACAGCUGUUUUUGACCUCACAUUGGUCGGAACGUAAACAACACUUCUACUCGGGUUACACUCCUCCGUCAGAUGGCGUUCUGCCUGGCUGAGCUGCACUUGUGGUCCACCAAGAGCUCACUCCAAGUCAAAGAUACAGAUAUUGGCACCUAUCAGUACUACGAUAAAGGAGAGCCAGCCAUUUCCUUGGAGCAUCACUACUACAAUGAGAAACUCCAGUUCAGUGAAGCUCGAGGCUAUUCGUGGACCCCCAGGAACCGCCGACCAGAGAAGCUACGUGAUUCGCUGAAGGAGCUUGAGGAACUGUUGCAGACCAACACCUGUGUUCACACCAGAUGGAGAAACAAGCACUGCUGCCAGUUGAUGCUGAGCAGUGGAGUACUGGUGACCCUGACCCUAAGUGGACCUCAACUUGAACAAGUCUGUGUAGACCGCACAUUAGUGGGCCGACUGCCAGCCAACACCAUCACUGAUGCGGUGCUGAGUGACAGGCUGAUUCUGCUGUCCUUCCUGGAGCAGAGCCAAGUGGCUGCAGUCUACCUCCACAAAAAGAACCAGGACUCCCCAGAGAGCGGCAAGCGAACAGACAAACUCUCACCCUCUGAAAUCAAGGUGGUGUGUGCGGAGGUGAGCGGAUGGGGUCGUAGGCUCCACAGACACGUGUGUCUCAACCGUCUGCAGGAUGUGGCGCUCUGCUGGUGGAACCUGGAUGAGCCUGGUGACGAGCUGUGGCCCUGGACUCCCACAAACACACACAGGAACAACCUGGUGCUGCUCAGCUGCUCACCUGCCGAAGGCCUCAAGGUCCUCAGCUCAGUCCGGACAGAGAGCAACCCCCUGGACUGCCGCUUCAGCCUGCUCCAGCCCUACCAGCUGCUCACAGUGGAGCUCCCUGCUAGACCCCAAGGAUCCCGAGAAGGGUGCUGGGCUGACACCUGUGUGUAUGAAUAUGCACGAGGACGCCUGCACCGCCUUUCUGUCACCCGCAUCCCGCUGCCAUCCGAGUCCAUUUCCUGUUCACGUCACCCCUCUGAAACCACUCUCCUCCUGGGCUUAAGUGACUCCUCCUUGGUCCUGUAUGACCAACGACGGGGGGUCUCUCACCUGGCCUCCUGCCCUGUGCCACCCAACCUCCUCGCCUGGCACCCUGCCGGGGCCGUGGUCAUGGUUGGGGGAGGGCAGGGAGAGCUGAUGUGCUUGGAUGUGGGCUUGGCACCUGUGAACAUGGCACUGUUAGCAGAGGAGGUAGCUUCAGCCGCCACACUAAGACUAGCUCAGCACCUACGGUGCUCUGGAGGCCUGGAGGGACUGCAGUGGGGGACAGGCCUGGAGGGAGGCCCGGAGGGGACAGAUAUGCUGAUGUUAGCCUUUCAUGGGGGACCACUUGCAGCCUUGAGAUUCAGACUAGGGGCUCUGACUGGGGGCCAGAUGGGUCCAGGGGAACUCCUGCAGCAGCGCCUUCUUUGUGGCCAGGUCAGAGAGGCGCUGGGCAUCCUGGAGGCCAUGGACUGGAGCGUCACGGGAGACGAAUGCUACCGAGGCCUGUGUUCUGUCACCAACCACCUGUUGAGGCUGGAGCUGAAUGCAGAGAGAGAAGCCCAACUAGAAGCAGCUCUGGGUGUGUUUUAUGCUCCACCUGCCCCUUUCUCUGAUGCGGUGAUACUGGAGUACAGGGAGCCAAUCAGCAAGUACGCCCGACGCUUUUUUCACCACCUCCUCAGACACCAGCGCUUUGAGAAGGCCUUCCUCCUCGCUGUAGAUCUGGAAGACAGAGAUUUAUUCAUGGACCUCCAUUAUGUUGCCAGCGAUAAGGGCGAGGUGGUGCUAGCGGACGUGGCCAAGAGGAAAGCUAAUGAAAUCGAGGCCCAGGCCAUCGCAGGCAACGACGAUCCUCUGAGAGGUAGCAAUGGCGUGUGUGGUUCCAGCCUCGGCGACAGACGGACUGAGAGGAACCAAAGUGCGACAGGACCAUCGUUCUCAGGCUCUACCACCGCACACGUUGAUGGAGGAGCCAGUCAGAGGAGAUUACAGGCAGAGAGCGUGCGUGUGACCGUGAGCCCAGAUGUGUUCAGGACACUGAGACACGCAGGAGGCCGUGAAGGUGACACAGACGGUGUGAAUGAAGAUGACGACCCUGGGAAGCUUCAUGUCGUCCAUUUAGGAAUGGUUUGAAAAAUCUGACUAAUGGGAAAUUGGAGAAGCACAACGACUCGUCAAUAACAUGUUCUUUUUAUAUUUUUUUACAUGCAAAGUAGUUACUUACUUAUGUGUGGGGAUCUCAACAUCUGUACACACACAGAUGAUGAUGCAAAUGAUAAAAGUGUAAUAAUUAUAAAUAUCUAAAUGUAUAAUACAUGAUGCAGUUUUGUAUUGUCAGACUGAAAAACAAUGUUUCCUAAACCAGAAGGCUUUAUUUUUUUUUUUAGACCUGUCAUAGUAAAUCUGUGAAAUUUCAGCCCAGACAAAAACACUGAACAGCUUCAUGGAUGUGGAUUCAGGUUGUUUUCUGUCUUAGUGAAGUCGACACCAAAUGAACCUUAAAAGGAAACAGUUACACUGGGUUCUGCCUCUAAAAACAUGACAGAAAAUGUUUUAAAGCUUGUCAUUAAUCAGCAUGAAAAAAUAAAGAC